UGGAGGACAGUCUGUGUGAACUCGGGAGGGGAAGCGCCGCGCUGUUAAAACUCCCAGGAUUUACACUCUGCCAUUUUGAGCAAAAAACCGGCCGACGUCGGAGUUCAGACGUGUCCAUCACGCAGAAGUCAUGACCUGAAACCAACAGCACCGAAACUAGGAGAAGGCCUCUGAAUUGCCGGUCAGUUAAUUCGACAAAGGAAAAACUGUUGUUUCGAACGAGUCAGCAGAUCCCCUCAGCCAUGUGUUCCACAAAUCAUUCGAACUGGGUCACAUUUGAAGAUGACAACACGCCGCUCUCAUCACCUCAGAAGCCCCUGCAGUCACCCGGGCUUAUCAAAGCAUCAAUACCACGUCCCAAUGGUCUGAAAUUAGUGCUGCCUCCAAUCAGAGACACUUCCUGGAGCUUCAGUAGUUCCCUGGAAUCCCCUCAAAGCCACUCAAGUCUUAGUGGAAGUUCCUGUGUACCAUGUAACACACCCUUUUGCACUCCUGUGAGUGGGGUUCCUAGUAGCUCGUCCCCAUUUCACUCUAACGCGAGGGAAAAGAACAACUUUUUCCGGAGUUUCUCCAGCACAUCUACCGCCUCUGUUCCCUCUCCUGCACCAGAGGCUCUUAAUCAAACCUCAGACGGACCAAGCCCUUUCCCCUCUUUCCAGGGGAACUCAGGACACUAUAACCCCUUCUGGGAUGGAUCUAGACACAGUGAAGAUGUGGGCAGCUCCUCCUCAGACUCAGAAUCUGACAACAGCCUACCACGUUUCUUUAUUCGGACCAAAGACGGCAGUGAGCCACCACGUGACCAACUCCAGAACUCUUUCUCCUACGUUUGCCACAAGCUAGAAGGCCUACAAGCAGAAACGGACCAAGAAACAGAAACAGAAAAGGAUGGGGAGGGUCGGCUAAGUUGCAAGAAUGAGGUGUUGAGUGAGGGUUCAUCCCAGUUCGUUCCUCGGGGCCUGUUUCGUAGUCAGAAGAGAGAUGGCUGGUCAGUCAUGCUCAGGAUUCCUGAAAAAAAGAACCGCAUGUCCUCUCGACAGUGGGGGCCAAUCUACCUCCGCUUGUUGCCAGGAGGUGUGCUGCAAAUGUACUAUGAGAAAGGCCUGGAGAAGCCAUAUAAGGAGUUCCAGCUUCUCCCUCAGUGCAGGCUCUCGGAUCUUAAACUUGAAACCUAUGGCGAGCCCCGCAAAGUCCUUACAGUCAAGGUGGAACAUUUCUCUUAUACAGAAAAGAAACGCUAUCACCCAAAGUUGGAGGUUAGUCAUGACGCAGAGGUGGAGCAGCUGCUCAAGUUUGGCUCCACAGUGCAUGAUGAGAUGGAAGACCUGGUAGUCUCUAUGGAAGAGGAGAUCUUCAAGCUGUGUUUGCCCCACCAGCAGAGGCGCCACUACGAGGAGCAGGAAUUGUCGUUGCAGAUUACUGAUCACAUCUGGAUACAGCUGGAUAAGUUUGGGGGAGUCAUCGAGCGGACGGCCUUCACCCAGAUUCACUGCCUUGCUUUUCUGAACGGACUAGGGGACUGUUUUUUGGCCCUUAAUGACCUUGGUUUGCUGCACUUUAACUCCAGCUAUGGGUCAGAGGAGGGCAAUGAACUCUGGAUGGAGAUUGCAGACUGUCAUUUUCACAAAUGUGUGAAUGAGACGGAGUUUCAGAAGUCCCGGCUGAUUAAAUUCUCACCUCCUGACGCGUGCAGGGUGGAGCUGAUGCGGUACAAAACGACAGUCUUGGGUUGCACAGAAAUUCCUUUCUCCAUCAAAGCUGUGGUCACAGUUCAAGGUGCCUAUGUGGAGCUCCAGGCCUUUCUCAACAUGUCUUCCACCUUCCUUUCCUCCAUGAGGGUGUCUGACCCUCACUACCCACUGUGUGAGAAUGUAGUGAUCCGUGUGCCGGUGCCAGGCGACUGGGUCAAAGUGACACAGACGGUGGCCUUACUGCGACAAAGGUCACUGAAGGCACGAAUGAACAGAAAUGCCUGCUUGGGCGCCGUCAGCGCUGCAGAUUCACAGCCUGUCAUGCAGGUGUCAAUCGGCACUGUCAAGUACGAGAAUGUAUAUUCAGCCAUCGUGUGGAAGAUCGACAGACUGCCAGCAAAGAAUACAGCAGUGGAUCAUCCCCAUUCAUUUUCCUGCAAACUGGAGCUGGGAUCCGAUCAGGAGAUCCCAAAUGACUGGUACCCUUUUGUCACCAUGGAAUGUGAAAUUAUGGGCGCUGUUGUGUCACAGACCAGAGUUAAGUCCCUGGGCACUGUCAACGACAUCCAGCCACAGAAACAUGUGACCAGUUGGACACGCUAUCAUUGUCAGGUUGAAGUGGAGAAGAAAUGGAUUGAAACAGAGUCACAGAGGCAGUCUGGCUGUAUGACACAGUGAUGAUUAAAGAAGCUUUGAAGAGGAUGUUAUCCCUUUGGUCCAGGAGAUUUCAAAAACCUUCUUAAAGUUGAAAAGGGAUAACAAAAAAAAAAAAAAAGCAAAAAAAGAACAUAAACAAGGGUGAUGAGGGACUUUCUGCUUAUAUCUGGUGUCAAAUUCAUCUAAUUCCACAUAGCCUGGUAGCAUUUCUCAUGGAGGUGAACUGAUUUUUGUAUCCUUUAACUGAGACUGAAUUAUUCUAGACCUUAUAAACAAUUUAACGCAGUCCUUUUGCCUAGCACUUUACAUUUCAUAGAUUUAUUAAUUGUAAUAUUACAGUUUAUACGAGUAAUGUAUAUAAGCUUGCAUUGUCUGCACUGUCUUCCAGAAUGAUCGGCAGCCUUAAUAAAUGCACGGCACAUGGGCUGUAGAAGAUAAACAACUUAAGUAAUGAUUUGUAUUUAUUCGGUUUGAGAUAAGCUCAUUAUCAGCAUUUCUUAAUGACCGGGGCCUUCUUUGUUGCCCAGCAGUGUUUAAAGGUAACAUACUUCCAAAUGGCUUCAUGUAUGUGGGAAUCCUUACGAUUGUGCUCAUUUCUAUGUGCCAAUGGUGUGAUAGUUUUUUAAUUAUUGCAUUCUUGGAAUUAUGAUAUAUUAGAGCCCAUAUGCAUUUAAUUUCACUUAUCAGUUACUAUCAGUCAAAUAUUAUUACACAUUAAUAACAGUGCAUUUGCAAAGUAAAACAGCAAUUUUAAAGGAACCCAGCAGGAAUAUGACUAACUGCAGCUUAUUUUGACCUCCUUCUGUUCUUCAUCAGUUAUAGUCUUAAAGCAGCCUAACACAAAUUCUGAAAGGUAUGAAAAGUCUACUGUGCAGCAUUGAGUGCUGAUAUUCUAUAAAGUGAGAUUUUAUGAUUUUUUUUUUUUUUUUUUACAUGAAACAUUACUUUUGCUGCUUAUCUUUAAGUGACCUUUGACUUUAUACCAAGGUUAUAUUUUGGAGGACUGUAAUUUUAUUUAAGCAAAUCAAAUCUUUAUUAUGUGAUCUUUCUGCUUCUGGGUUAUGAAUAGGGUGGAUUGGAAAAAAAAAAAUAAAGCAAUGGUGAAGGUUCAUAAUGAACAAGGUCUUCAAUGACAGCUUGUAUGUAUGAGGUACCUGGCUUAAGCUGGAUAUGUGUACAUCAAGAGUAAAAAAAUUAAAUUAAA